AUGGUAACAUCAGCCGCCUCGUUACGAUCAGGCGAGCUCAACGAUGUGGUGGGUGGUACCCCGCGCGCUUGUUUCCUGAUACAGGAUGUCCACAAGCCCAGGAGCAGCGACCAGACCUCACCCUCCCUGAAGCUGUCAAAUGGCUACAUUCUACCUGAGGGCAAACGGACUCCCAACGCCCUCUUUGUUGGUGGGAUUGACUUGAAGGUGGAUGAAAAUGAAAUGCGGGACUUCUUUGCCAGAUAUGGUGCUGUUAAAGAAGUGAAAAUUAUCACGUACCGUGGAGGGAUCUGCAAAGGGUAUGGGUUUGUGUACUUCAGUGAAGAUGUCAACAUUCAGUCAAUCAUUGAGCAACAGAUCAGUUUCAAGGGCCGGAAACUCAAGCUGGGCCCUGCCAUUAUGAAAGAAAGAAGCUAUCGGUCCAUGCCAUCCCGUCCGGUGUGCCUAGCUCCUUGGAUGAACCCCACUCAGUACUUCUACUGCACUUGCUGCUCACCCAUGGGAGGGGGUACGGCACAACCUACGUCCAUCUUCAGUGGAAGCGGCUCCUACAAUCAGCCGUGCUCCUACUCCAAUUUUGGUGGGUUAAUAAUACCACAGGUUCCUAUGAACUAUGCACAGAACUCCUAUGCCUACCAGUACACUCCAGUACACUGGACGGCAGACCAGAGGACGCAGGCUGUCAAUCAGAACUUUGUGGACUGUGGAGUCCAGACUAUGCUGACUGUGCUGUAG